AUGUCUAACGAUUAAGAGUUGCUGCUCCUCAGCACUCAGAUCAUCGAAACACAAAAUCGAAUUUCUCAGUCACUUUGUCAGUACCCACGACUUAAUGCUGAGCAAAUAUCAGCAAAGCCUAUCGAUGUGCUAUCGGUUCUACUGCAGCAAAUAGAGUUCUUAUUUGAAGCAUAUUAAAACUCACAAUCAUCGAAUCUUGACAACGACUACACCAUGAUGAUGAAUGAAAAAGCUGUGGCUGAUUGCACGUUGCUUAGAAUGUCACUUUAAAAAUCAGACGAAUAAAUCAAAGCCUUAAGGAUUGAAAAAGAUUACAACAUGAGGCAGAUAGAUUGCUUAAGAAAGGAGGUGGAAUCACUUAAAAAUUAAUUGGCUUAAUAAGCAGCUCAACUAGUUAAUAUGAGUUCUUUAUCAAUGUUUGAUUAAUAGUAGCCCUUAUCUUACUCUUCUUUUGGUGAGCAAAGCAAACGCCAAUCUGCAUAGUCUAAUAAUAGCAUGGUACUUGCUCCACCUAGUCAUAACAGCUCAGUUCAUAUGAUCCAGCCACAUAUCGGCAUUUAAAAUGCUAAGGCUAUGCAAAUAGGAGUCAAUCAUAGUGAUGGUCUUGUGAAUUAAUUGAGCAAAGAAUUAAAAGAUCUUAAAUUUGAACUGUAGCAAAGAGAAGAUCAACUUAAUUUAAAAUAAGAUAUGAUUCAUGAACUGCAAACAUAGCUAGAUCAUAUUAGAAAGAACCAGGGAUCAGAGGCAGAGAGAGUUAGGAAAGAAAACUCUUUAUUAAAUGAGUAAAUGAUUUUGAAAGAGCAAUAAAUAUAGUCAUUGCAGUAGUCUUGUGAAUAGAUGAUGCAGGCUCACUCAAUUGAGAUACCAUUAUACAAGUAAUAGCAAGUAAAUAAAUUGCCGAAAGCAGAGUAGAAGCAGUUUAGAAGUAAAUCUCAGCAUCGAUCUCAGUUCAAGAACAAACUGCAAUUUAUGAAGGAUAUUUAUGAAGAGGCUUAGAUGGUUUUAGAUGAGCAGAAUAAUGAUGAAUUGCUUAGAACCCCUCUAUCAUUACAAAAUACAGUCUCAAAAUCUAAAAAGAAAAAAUCUGCAAUUGAUGGAAAUAGCAAUACUAAUCAAUAUAAUAUAGAAAAUCUAGUUGAUUUUGAAGAACUGUUGACUAACCAAAUAUAAGCAGCAAGAGUGGCUGAAAAUACCUUGAAUGAAUUGCAAAAAGAGGGAGAUAAUAAGAUAGCUAGUUUAGAUCAAGUAUAGACUUAAUACAAGGAAUUAGUCGCUAAGUAAGCAAACAUGCUAUAGUCCAAGCGGGAACUUUGUGAGACAAUGGCUUAAAUUCAGUCUGAAAAUGACUAAGUUAAGGCUAAAUUUGCAACACUAUUAGAUCAGUUCUAGGAGUAUGUAAAUCUUACUGAAGAGAGAUAACAAGAAGAGGAGACUAUGUAUAGACAAGAUUAGGAGCUAUUAAUUGGAGAACUUACAAAUAACAUUAGAGAACUUGAGUAGUUGAGUUAAGGCAUGUAAUAAGAACUGCAAUAGAAGGAAGAGUUAUACAAUCUACUCAAGAAUGACUUCAAUAGAUUAGAAGGAAAGUAUUAAGAGCAAUAGCAGUAGUAAUAAAACUUUGAUAGUAUUAAGGAGAAGCAGAUAUAGACUUUGGAAGAGGAGGUGAACUAUCUUAAGAGGCACUUUGAUGUUGAAAUGGGACUUUUGAGAGACGAAAAUGAAAUCUUGAAGAGAGAACUAAGAGAUGUUAAUGCUAGACGUGUACUUCAGUAAAAUCAAUACAUCUUGGCUAAUAAUCCAACAAACAGACAGGCAGCAGAAAGCUUCAGCAGUCCGCAUCGUGACAUUGAUGGACGUAACAAUAAUAACAACAGUAACAAUCUAGGUAUAUAAUAGUUCAAUAAUCAGCAGUGUUUAAGUUUUGAUUAGACUAGAAGUCCUUUCAAGAGUGAGGCAUUCACUUAUAAUGGCUAAAAGCAUAAUAAUACUUUCAUUUAAUAGAACUAGACAUCCUAGUAUAUUUAAAUGCAAGAGCAUCCAUCAAUGUAUAAGGUUCAAAGUGCUAAUGAUCUAAUGUAAGGUGAUCUUAAUACCAGUAUCAAUCAUUAGUAAAGAGUCAAGGAUAUGAUAGCAACUACUCAGACUAAGUUUGAUAAAUUCAAGAAGGACCUUAUAGAAAAAGAAAAGAUUAUCGAAGAGAAAAACCAAGAAAUUCUCAGACUAAGAAUCGCGCUUGAAGAUUCAGUUCAAUAAUCUAAGUACAAUUAAAUCUAGAAUAGAAACGAAGUAGAUGUCUUAAGGAAGAAUCUGAUUUAUGAUAUCAACAUAGCAAUAUCAAAAUUGAAGCAUGAACUUUCCAAGUCAAAGGCUUUGUUGUCGAAAGAUGCAGUUUAGAUAGAUAAAUUUGACUCUAAUGUUCCAAUGCAAAAGCAGUUAUGUGAAGAUGAAUUUAUGAAUGAAGUUCACGAGCAAGUUAUAGAGCUCAGAUCUUUAGUAACUCUUGCCAAUGAGAUUGCUUUAUUGAUUUCAUUUGAAAAUGAGAGAAAUAAAUCAUUGAUUAAUUAAAGUAUGGCUAGCAGACGAGGUGUGGAUAUUACGACAAUUCAUUAGGUAUAACAACCUCAGUAAUAAUAGAAUGAAAAUGAUUUAAGAAAAGGAUUGAAUGUGCAUGAUUAAAAUUAUCAAAUGAAGAGAACUGCAGAUAAUCUACUAAGAAACGGUUAAAUAAACUAAUUAUAUGAGCAUCUACUGCAGCAAGUAAGCAAGUCUGAGUCUUUGAUGCAAGAUAAUGCUAUCCUCUAGAGGACUCUUCAUAAAUAUGAGACUACUCUCUCUGAGUUAGAUUCAGUUCUUAGGGAAACUGAAAAUGGUGACAUAGUAUUAGAUCUUAAGAGAAUUGCAGAGAAGUAAUUAAAAGAAAUAGUCUCUCUGCAAAGAGAGGUAGAAAUAGUCAAGUUUAAUGAUCAGCCUCAAUUUAAAUACUCAUAACCAGAGGACUAAUCUAAGGCUUUGACAGCAUAAUAAUAUCAGUAAGAAAAUGAGGAGUUACUCUAGGAAAGAAAGACUCUACUCUAGUUAUGUGAGGAUCUUGAGUAGCAAGUUAAAGAUGCUCACAGAGGAAUGGAGGAGUCCUUGGAUAAAAUUAUGAUUCUGGAGAAAGAAAUGGAGGCAAAAGCAAAUGAACAUGAGGAAAUCAGAUAAAGGAUCACUGAAGUUGCUGAGUUGUUUGAGAAAAAAGAGAUCAAGCAAAAGUACUCAUUUGAGGUUCUAUGUGACUUUAUUUUUGAUAAGGCAAAAAGACUGUUUACUAAGUAUGAGAAUGCUAUCAAAGAAAAUAAGUCUGAAAAAUCUUCUCAUCUUUAAAAGAGAUCAGAGCAGUUAGAUUAAGAGAAUGACAAUUUGAGGUAGAUCAUUAUGCAAAACUAAUUCAUUGCAAAGGAAGUUAUUUCGGGGCUUUCUUAACUUAUAGGUGAGGAGAUUCCUUAAAUCUUUGACAGCCAAAAUGAUAACUAUUAGCAUGACAUCCAAUUUAUUUUGAAUAAAUUAGACAAAGCAUUUAAAGACUUGCAUGAUGAGAACUAUCAACUUAAAGACCGUCUCUAGGAAAUCUUACAACAACUAGAUAUCUAUUAAAAUGAGGUUGUCAAUAAUAAAGAAAUGGAGCGCAUGUAGUUAAUACAGAAUGAGGAAUUUAUGAGAAAAGAAAUAGAUACAUUAAAGAGAGAAAAAGAGAGACUUGUAGAUAGGAACAGUGAUCUAGCACUUGCUUUGAAGGAUCAGACUGAAGAUUAUAAAAUACUAAGAGAGGAGAAUGAAAGAUUGAGGGAGAGACUAUUUAUGUACGAAAGAAAUUAAUGCAAUCAGAGUUAGAUUCUAUUUACACCAGUCAGACCUGGAAAUUAAGUAUCUUAGGCAAAAAUGCUAGGAGAUGCUACAAACAGAAUCAGUAAUCCUAGCUCCUAAGUCUUAACUGAAAAAUCAAGCCACAAGAGCAGAGCUACAGUGUCAAAUUAAGAGUAUAAUGAGCCACCUUCUUAAUCAUCUGAGUUCAGAAGAGAGAAUGAAAGAUUUAAUGAUAAGCUUUCAAAGCUUUAACAAAAAAUAACAUAAAAUACUCAGCAUACUAAUCAGUAAAUAAGUCUCGGAGGAACUAGUGCUAAGAAUAAGUAUUGCAUUGCAAGCAAUGACUAAUUCAGUAAGAUAGUAAAAGAUAACAAGUUUGAGAGCACGAGUUCAUAUUUCACUGAUGAAGAUGAAGCUACAUCCCCUAAAAAUCAUCUCUCGGAAGGAAGAAAUAUUCAAUCAGAGUUUUAUUGA